AUGAAAAGCAUCCACUCCCUGGCCGGUAUCCUUCUGGUUCUCGGCUUUGUCCAGAGCAGCUGGCAGGUUCCUCUGCAGGAGGCUGAUGACAACUUAAGCUUUGAGGCAGACGACACAUUAGUGGGUGAGCCGAGGGAGCUGUCGAACACGAAGAGACAUUCGGAGGGAACUUUCUCCAACGACUACAGCAAAUACCUGGAGGACAUGAAGGCGCAGGACUUUGUUCGGUGGCUGAUGAACAACAAGAGGAGCGGUGCUGAAACAAAGCGCCACGCGGAUGGGACCUUCACCAGCGACGUGAGCUCUUAUCUCAAGGACCAGGCAAUCAAAGACUUUGUUAACCGGCUCAAGUCUGGACAAGUCCGAAGAGAAUCUGAAACGGACAGGCGCGGUGAGGCGUUCAGCAAGAGGCAUGUAGACGGAAGCUUCACCAGUGAUGUGAACAAGGUGUUGGACUCGAUGGCUGCCAAGGAAUAUUUACUCUGGGUCAUGACCUCCAAGACUUCAGGGUGGAGUAAGAAAAGACAAGAGGACCAAUAA